CAUGUGCAAUACAGUCACAUGACCACCUGAUCGGGUAAUGACCGCACCACCUGUGUUCUCACACCCCCAGGUGUCACCUCUGUGUGUCAGGCAGCUAUGGCGUCCAUUGUGUUAGCAUUCCUCUGUGUUUCAGUCGUUAUAGGACCUGUUUGGUCCGAGUGUAUCAAUGGCUGGACACGGUAUGAUGACUCUUGCUACAGACUCUUUAGAGAUUCCAAAAAGAUUUGGCCGGAAGCAGUGUUUGAAUGUGAAAAAGAGGACGCUUAUCUGGCGUCAAUAGAGACACAGCGUGAAAGCACAAACGUCCAUGCGCUGGUUGCGGAGCUGAACCUCGCAGAUACCGACAACGUGUGGAUCGGCCUGUCAGAUGUCCGAGAGGAGAAUGUGUGGGUUUGGGAGGUUGACAGGAAGAACGCCACGUUCUUCAACUGGGGGAGUACUGAGCCUAACCAAACAGGAACAACUCAACAAGACUGUGUCAUACUGUACGGGAAACGCGGACAUACAUGGGCCGAUGAUAGAUGUGAAAUUAAGUACUACUACCUGUGUGAAAGGCCAUUACAAGCAAGUGUGUCGGGAUAAUGUUUGAAUUCCGUCACCAGCGACACCCGUGUAUAAUAUCAUGCAUUGUUACAAGUCGUUCAGGAAAUAAACUCCGUAACACACAA